AUGUCAAGUCUGCCGCUAACGCUCAAGACGAUCGAAGAAAUCGUAGCACCACGGCCAGAGGACAAGCAGUACACGGAAGACGAGUUGCGCGAGUGCGAAGAGAUCCUUAUCGAGUUUGCAAAGAAGCUUGCCAAAGACGAAAAUAUCGUUGAUCUGCGAAAGUUGCUCGUGAUUACUCGUCCUUUUUACGAUGUUGUUGGCAAAGCUAAAGCUAGCAAACUCGUCCGAGCGUUAGUGGAGUGCUGCCUAACAGUACAUCAAGACAACAAUCAGAAGGUGUGGGGACGAGCUCCUCUUGCCAGUGGGGCAGUCCUCUGA